GUGAGCUGUAAACGACAAAGAAAUAAACGCAUGUAUAUCUGUGAUGUCAGUUUAUUUCUGAAACAGUCUCUCUGUGUCCCUCUAGUGGAUGCAUCUAGUGAGUCAAAGGAAAAAACACCUAAUAAAGUGUAUUAAUAAUUCCGUGUGUGCAUAUCUUACAUGAAGCAUGUCUGUAAAUAAAUAUAAAUGCAUUUAUUUUUCACUGUUAUUAAGCAAUUGUAAAUCUGAUUCUGUUGCAUCACCGUUUGAGCUCGUGCCCAGUUUCGUUUCUGCAGAAGUCCUGCCUCUCACAGAACUACAGUCCAACAUCAUUACAAACGUGUCACACACUCACAGCAAGGCGUUUAAUACUGAACUGAGAAACCAAACUACACGACAUGAUCAACCAAGUCCCAUUCACCAACAUUGAUCUCUGGACCAGGAAGGACUUCCUACAAUAUUCCCAUCAGCUCACUCUGGAUCUGAACACAGUGAAUACACUCCUCUCUCUGUCUGAGAACAACAGAGUGAUUACUGACACUGACACAGAUCAGUCGUAUCCUGAUCAUCCAGACAGAUUUGAUGCGUGGUGGCAGGUGUUGUGUAGAGAGAGUGUGUGUGGACGCUGUUACUGGGAGAUUGAGUGGAGUGGAUAUGUGUAUAUAUCAGUGUCAUAUAAGAGCAUCAGCAGGAAGGGAUGGGGUGAUGAGUGUGGGUUUGGAUGGAAUGAUCAGUCCUGGAGUUUGUGCUGCUCUCCCUCCAGAUACUCAUUCAGACACAAUAAGAUAAAGACUGUUCUCUCUGUGAAGCCCAUCAUCAGGAGAAUAGGAGUGUUUGUGGAUCACGGAGCAGGAACUCUGUCCUUCUACAGCGUCUCUGACACAAUGAGUCUCAUCCACACAGUCCAGACCACAUUCACUCAGACGCUCUAUCCUGGGUUUUGGGUUGAUGGAGGAUCAUCAGUGAAACUGUGUUGAUGAAUCAGAAUAGAUUGAUGAGAGAUUUUAUCCCUAAUGCUUUGAGCUGCGUGAUGAUUCAGCAACAGUGAGAUGUUUAAGAGUAUUCUCUCUUCAUGACAUCAAUACUGCAGCUGAACUUCUCUCAGUGAAAUUAACAUUUAUUAAUUUAGCUGACGCUUUUAUCCAAAGCAGCUUACAACUGCUAUAUAUGUCAGAGGUCAUCAUAUACUACUUUCUCUUGUACAGUAAUUUCUCAUACCCUUUUUCCCUAUUAUUCAAUAAAGAUAUUACUUAAUAUGAAAACUCUGUUUUUUUUUAUGUGCCUUUAGUUUUAAUUUACUUUUUAUUUAAGUACCACAUGUAAUUUAAGUUAUAAAUAAACCCAUCAAUGGUCUCUAAAUAUAAAUGUCUUUUAUUAACAGCACUUCACAUUUUACAGACCUCAAUUACUUUUUAAAAUCUCCAAAAUAGCUCUGCUCAAAACACUAGAAUAUGGAAAUAAUUAUUACUGUACCUUCUGAUCAUACUCAGAAAAAUCGAGUUAAUUUUUACCCCAUUUGCAAACAUUUGUUCUUGUUUUAUGAAUUAACUCAUUUUAUUUGGUUACAGUUUUCAAAUUUUUUACAAAUAUAAU